CAUUUGAUUCGUUCUGGUUCUCCUUGUGGUUUUUCCUAUUUUCGGCAACUCACAGUGUUCAUUUUUGGGAGAUUUCAGUUCGGGAGUCUGGAUUCAGUAAACCUUGAAGCGCAGCGAUCGGUGGUAACCCAAACUGAUCGGAUGCUCCAUGGAUUUAUACCGCGCAGACGGAGAAUCGAAUCACAUCCGUGAAAAUGCCGAACCCCGGAACCUCGACAUCGAGGAAGAAGACGACUCCGGAGAAGCAUUCCACGAUCCCGCCGCGGAAACCCACGCAGCAGAGGAGGCCGUCGGCAAUUUCGAAGAAGAAGACCACGCCUGAUAAGCAGCAUGCUCCUCAGAAGAAGAAAACACCCCCGGAGAAGUCCAAUGCUAAGCCUCGAUCACCAUCUGCGGCGCUCUGUUCCGUGCAAUCCCCACCAGAAUCCAGAUUCGCCGACGUAUCGCCGCCGGCGGAGACGAAGAAAGCUGAAAAUGUAGCUUCAGCUGCCGAAGGGGAAGGGGAUAUAGAUGACGACGAUGGGGUUGAAAUAAACAAAUUGGGGGGUGUAAUAGAAGCGGUUGGAGCGAACCUUUGCUCAUCGGCUGAGGAGGAUUUGGAUGGCUUUAGGGUGGAUGAUGAUUCGCCUUACAGAUCGAACUCAGCUGCGGCAGAGGAGAGGAUUUGCAAAAUGAAAGAGAAUGUAACCGGCGAAGGUUCGGUUUGUUUGCCGGAAAAGUUCUCGCCUCUGAAUGAACGCAGAUGGAGCGACACCAGCUGCCAUGACGCAAAGAAGAAGCUUCAAGUUUGGUGUCAGCUUCCAAAUGGAGAAUGGGUCUUAGGGAACAUAAUAUCAAUUUCAGGAGCGGAGUCCCUUCUAUCUCUUCCAGAAGGGAAAGUAUUGAAGUUUGAAAUUAAGGCCCUCUUACCUGCAAAUCCUGAAAUACUUGAUGGCGUUGAAGAUCUCAUGCAACUUAGCUAUUUAAAUGAGCCAUCUGUGCUCUAUAAUUUGCAGUAUAGAUACGAUCGAAACAUGAUUUAUUCCAAAGCUGGGCCAGUUUUGGUUGCCAUCAACCCAUUUAAGGAGGUUCAGCUCUAUGGAAACGAGUACAUAGAAGCAUAUAGGCGCAAAUCUACAUCCAAUCCACAUGUUUAUGCAAUUGCAGAUACUGCCAUUCAUGAAAUGAUCAGAGACGAAGUCAACCAAUCGAUCAUUAUAAGUGGGGAAAGUGGAGCUGGGAAGACUGAAACAGCAAAGAUAGCCAUGCAGUAUUUGGCUGCUCUUGGAGGAGGAGGCAGUGGAAUGGAAUAUGAAAUUUUACAAACAAAUCCUAUACUUGAAGCAUUUGGCAAUGCAAGAACAGCAAAAAAUGAUAACUCCAGUCGGGGAAAGUUGAUUGAAAUUCAAUUCAAUUCAAUUGGAAAAAUAUACGGUGCCAAUAUUCAAACAUUUUUGCUGGAGAAGUCUCGAGUUGUCCAAUGUGCACCUGGUGAACGCUCCUAUCAUAUUUUUUAUCAACUUUGUGCUGGUGCUUCAAAAUCUCUAAGAGAGAAGCUGAAUUUGAAAAGUGCGGAAGAGUACAAAUAUCUGAGACGGACCAACUGCUUCACAAUCAGUGGAGUCAAUGAUGCUGAAAGGUUUCGCUCCGUGCAGGAUGCUAUGAAAGUUGUCCACAUCAGCGAAGAGCAGCAAGAAGAGGCAUAUACAAUGCUUGCCACAGUCCUAUGGUUAGGCAACAUCUCUUUUUCGGUGAUUGAUAAUGAGAACCAUGUUGAAGUUGUUGCAGAUGAGGCUGCUAUCACUGUAUCUAAAUUACUAGGGUGUGAAAUCCUGGAUCUAAAGUUAGCUCUAUCGACUCGCGAAAUGAGAGUUGGAAAUGACCAUAUUGUUCAGAAGCUCACUUUAUCUCAGGCAAUUGAUUCUAGGGACGCACUGGCGAAGUCAUUGUAUGCCAGUCUAUUUGACUGGAUUGUGGAAAAUGUUAACAAGGCAAUUGGAGUUGGGAAGCUAAGAACAGGAAGAUCAAUUAGCAUUCUUGAUAUUUAUGGUUUUGAAUCUUUUGACAGAAAUAGCUUCGAACAAUUUUGCAUAAAUUAUGCAAAUGAACGGCUGCAACAGCAUUUUAAUCGUCAUUUGUUCAAGUUGGAACAGGAGGAAUAUAUCCAAGAAGGAAUUGACUGGGCAAAAGUUGACUUUAAGGACAAUCGGGACUGUCUCAAUCUUUUUGAGAAGAAACCAUUAGGAUUACUUUCUCUUUUGGAUGAAGAGACUACUUUUCCAAACGCUACUGAUCUGACUUUUGCAGACAAGCUCAGAAAGCAUCUUCAUCCUAAUCCUUGCUUCAAGGGAGAAAGAGGCAAAGCUUUCAGUGUUAGCCACUAUGCAGGGGAGGUAGCUUAUGACUCCACAGGUUUUCUUGAGAAGAACAGAGAUCUGUUACAUUUGGACUCAAUUCAACUUUUAGCUUCUUGUACAUGUAAUCUCCCUAAAAUAUUUGCAUCAAAGGCUCUUGCCCGAUUGGAUCUACAAGGCGAUAGUCCCUUCCGAUUAAGUGGAGUGGAUUCCCCAAAGCUUAGCGUUACAAAGAAGUUUAAGGGACAACUGUUUCAACUAAUGCAUAAGCUUGAGAGCACCACUCCUCAUUUCAUAAGGUGCAUAAAGCCCAACAUAUCACAACUUCCUGCAUUGUAUGAACAAGAUCUUGUACUUCACCAGCUUAAAUGCUGCGGAGUUCUCGAAGUGGUCCGCAUAUCCAAGUCGGGCUAUCCUACAAAGAUGUCUCACACAAAGUUUGCUAGAAGAUAUGGCUUCCUUCUUCUUGAAAAUGUUGCGAGUCAAGAUCCGCUCAGUGUGUCAGUGGCAAUCCUUCAUCAGUUUAACAUCCUUCCUGAGAUGUAUCAAGUUGGAUAUACCAAAUUAUUUUUCCGAACAGGCCAGAUCGGUGCCAUUGAAGACACCAGGAAUCGUACACUGCAUGGUAUUCUAAGAGUUCAGAGCUGUUUUAGAGGCCAUCAAGCACGUGUUCAUGUGCAGGAUUGUAAAAAGGGAAUUGUCAUGCUGCAAUCAUUCAUCCGAGGCAAAACAAUUAGGCAGGCAUACUCCGCCAAACUAUGGAAGCAUAGAGCUGCCAUUGUUUUACAAAAACAUAUUAAAGGCAGACUCUGCAGGAAAAAGUAUCUCAGAAUGACUGAAGCUUCAAUUACUAUGCAGUCGGUUAUACGUGGAUGGUUUGUGAGAAGGUGCUCUCGAGAUGUUGGCUUCCAGAAACAAUUUGAUGGCGAAAAGGUUGCAGAAUCUGACCAGGUGAUGAUCGAGGCCUCUGUCCUCCCCGAACUGCAGAGAAAGAUUCUGAAGAUUGAGACCGCACUGAGGGAAAAAGAAGAGGAGAACGAGAAGCUCCACCAGAGACUCCUGCAGUACGAACGCCGUCAGACCUACCACGACGAAAAAAUGAAAUCCCUCGAGGAGGAGUGGCAGAAACAGAUUUCUUCGUUGCAAUCCAGCCUCUCGGUCGCAAGCGAAACCAUAACCGCCGAUAACCAUGACGACCGGAGCUCCGGCGCAUCAUCGGUGGACCAAUGUUUGGACAACAGCUGCAACCAAAACGGAUCUCGGUUCGCUUCGCAGGAAACAGAGAUCAAUGCGAUCGGCCGCUUGACGGGAGAAAUAGGACAGAGAACCGUGGAGGUUAAGUCUGGGAAGGAAGAAGCAGAUUUGGAUCCGGAGAAAGAGCUGAAGAGGUUGAAGCAGACAUUUGAGGCAUGGAAGAAAGAUUUCAGCGCAGAGUUGAGAGAAACUCAGGCUGUUAUAAACAAGAUGGCGAGCGAGGAUUCGAACUCUGAGAAGACGAAGAAGAAGUGGUGGGUGAGGUUGAGCGCCGCCAAAAUUAGUAGUAUGAAUCACAGUUGAGUAACUUUGACUUAGGUUAGCUAGGAUUUAUCAAAUUUAUUAAAUUCAGAUUCAUGAUCGGCUCCGGAAUAAAUUUGUCUCGUAAUCGGAUUUACGUCGAGAAAAAGAUCGAAAGAAAGUACAUAAAAAUAGACCAAACAAGAGAAAAUUUGAUUUGAUUGGACAUUAGGUUUAAUGUUCACUUUUUUUGGUAUUUGGCUUGAUUUAAACUAAAUUUAUGGCUAAAUCUUAUUAAUA